GACCCGGGGUGAGGUGGGCCGUCCGGGACUGGCCAGAUCACAGGACAGCUGCGGGAGCAGUUCCUGAGGGAGCCUGGCACAUCCCUACCCUUCACUCCCGGUCAAUUCAGGAAGGAGAACCAGCAUUUCCUCUGAGAGCGCAAAGAACUCCUCCCAAGGGUUCCUCUUUCUUAACCAGCUCGGUGUGGAGCUCAACCGUGAAAUCACCCCGGGGCUGCCUCCAAGUGGUGCAUCUGUACGUCUUGGAAAGAUGGCAAGACGGGAAAAGGAGCGGGUCUUCCACCGAGAUCCUCGCCCUGCCGGCCUCAGCCUCACUCCAGGGCGUUCGGCACGGCCGGGUGACAGCGAGCAUCGAGAACGCGCGCCCUGACAUAUCAAGCAUUAUUUUUUGGCAACUGCAUACUGCUGAAUGUUCAGCUGGUGAAAUCGGAAGUCUUUCACUCAGAAGAAAUAAAUCAAGAGGAACCUGCGGCUUACGUGUUUUUGAGCUACUGUGGAUGGACCUGGCUCUCUUGACUGCCCUUCCAAGUAGGAUGUCACUGAGAUCCCUCAAAUGGAGCCUCCUGCUACUGUCACUCCUGAGUUUCCUGGUGAUGUGGUAUCUCAGCCUACCUCAGUACAAUGUGAUUGAACGUGUAAACUUGAUGUACUUCUAUGAGUACGAGCCAAUUUACAGACAGAACUUCCGCUUCACUCUCCGGGAGCAUUCAAACUGCUCUCAUCAAAACCCAUUUCUGGUCAUCCUGGUAACUUCUCAUCCCUCAGAUGUGAAAGCCAGACAGGCCAUCAGAGUUACUUGGGGUGAAAAAAAGUCUUGGUGGGGAUAUGAGGUUCUUACAUUUUUCUUAUUGGGCCAACAGGCUGAAAAGGAAGACAAAAUGUUAGCAUUGUCUUUAGAGGAUGAACACCUUCUUUACGGUGACAUAAUACGACAAGAUUUUUUAGACACCUAUAAUAACCUGACCUUGAAAACCAUUAUGGCAUUCAGGUGGGUCACUGAGUUUUGUCCCAAUGCCAAGUACAUCAUGAAGACAGAUACUGAUGUUUUCAUCAAUACUGGCAAUUUAGUGAAGUAUCUUUUAAACUUAAACAACCCAGAGGAAUUUUUCACAGGUUAUCCUCUAAUUGAGAACUAUUCCUACAGAGGAUUUUACCAAAAGACCCAUAUUUCAUACCAGGAAUAUCCUUUCAAAGUAUUCCCUCCUUAUUGCAGUGGGUUGGGCUAUAUAAUGUCCAAAGAUUUGGUACCAAGGAUCUAUGACAUGAUGGGUCACGUAAAACCUAUCAAGUUUGAAGAUGUUUAUGUUGGGAUCUGUUUGAAUUUGUUAAAGGUGGACAUUCAUUUUCCAGAAGACAUAAACCUUUUCUUUUUAUAUAGAAUCCAUUUGGAUGUCUGUCAGCUUAGACGUGUGAUUGCAGCACAUGGCUUUUCUUCUAAGGAAAUCAUCACCUUUUGGCAGGUUAUGCUCAGAAAUACCACAUGCCCAUGCCAUUACUAACUUCACACUCCAUCAAAACCUAGAGGACAGAAAACUGUGGAAAGCGCUGAAGCUGGUACUAUGGGAAACUCAUAGGAAGGUCAGUGUGUUGACUUACACUGAAUCAAAAGUCAUGGAGAACCCAUAGACUGGAGACUGGAAGUUAUACAUUACUGUGAUUUAUUUGGAUAUAAAUCAAGUCAGGCCCUUUAAAGGUAAUAUUCAGAUGAAUAAAAUAUCUUACAAAGGAAUUUGCUUUUUUUUUAAACUAGGACCAAACAAUUUAAACACACUAUUCUAUAGGUUAGACUUUCUUAAAGAUUUCACUGAAUUCUAAACUCAUUAGGCCUUUAUAAGAAAGCAGUGUGGAGUUCUGUUUAUUGAACAAUCCAGUCACUUAAGGGUUUCAUGUGUCUCUUACAUGGAGUUCCAAUUUACAAAAAUCUGUAUUUCUGUGUGAGAAAAUUCCCUGAAGUUAUACUGAACAAAAAUUUCAUGGUUUUGGCCAUCCAAAUAUUGCAGUAUUUUAUAGUUAUAAAUUAUUAUUUAUUACUUUGUGUGUGUUUACAUGCUGUGGUGGUUUCUAUAUUGUAAAAUAGAACAAUGAAUCUUUUUUUACAUUUGAACUUUGUUCUAGUUACUUCACUGGUCAGUUUGUUAUCAAUAGCCUCAUCAAUGUGAAGUCAUAGGUUAUUAUUGCAUUUCAAUAAUCUCUUGGAAUUUGUAAUAUAUUUUACUGUGGUAAUAUAGAGAAUGAUUAAGUCAAGAAAAUUUGAAUUAUUGUCUUUUUUUAAAAAAAAUAGUCCCCAGUGUUUUUAGAUGUCACUUCUUCUAUCUCAGUUUUCUACCUGAAAAUUAGGAAUAAUGUAGAAUGCCAGUCAGUAUGUUUCCUUUUGGAAAGGACUCUGGGCAAAAAAGAAGGGAGAGAAAAUAAUGCCACAGUAUUAUGAAGAGUGUCAUCCCAGCACUGGAAUUCCAAGAAGAGUGAAGAUUCAAGUUGCACUGUUAAUCUGACCCCCUGUAUUUUCUCAUUAAUAAUCAGUUUGUGAAUAAAGAGAAAAAAAAAAAAGAGAAAAGCUGUUGUUAGUUUUUCAUCAAAAUGAAAGCCCUAAUGUGUAGAGUUAACUCUGAUUCAGAUCUCAUGUGUAAUUUUUUUUAGAAGAUUUAUUUAUUUAUUUGAGCAACAUAGUUGCAGACAGAGAGAGGAAGAGACAGAGAGAGAGAGAGAGAGAGAGAGGUCUUCCAUCUGCUGGUUCACUGCCCAAAUGCCUGCAACCGCUGAAGCUGGGCCAAUAGGAAGCCAGGAGCCAGGGGCUUCUUCUGGGUUUCUCACAUGGGUGCAGGGACCCAAGCACUUGGGCCAUCUUCCAUUGCUUUCCAAGGCCACAGCAGGAAGCUGGAUUGGAAGAGGAGCAGCAUCCGUAUGGGAUGCCAGUACCACAGGUAGAGGCUUUGCCCACAGCACUGGCCCCCAAUAUCAUGUGUUUUCAUAGAAGGACAUUUCUUUUAGAAGUGGUAAAGUAUCUUUUGUUGGACCAGCAACUGGCUAGUGAAAGAGGAGUUCAUGUUGCUCCCAUACUCGUAGGAUUAUGCAGUUUUCUAUUAGAGUUGUUAUGGGACAAGUGAUUCAUUUUUUCUGAUUACACGGUGACAAAGAUCAAAUCUUGAAAGUAGGUAGUCAGAUCUUGAAAUUGAUUCAGAGUUUCAUGAUUCUCUUAUAGGAGAAAUCUAACUACAAUUAAAACUACUAUAAUGUAUGAUUCUCUAUAACUGGUUAUUUCUGUUUCCCUGGAACCAAGCCUGAUCCAGUUACAAUAAAAUCAAUUAAAUAUUCUGUGAAAUUAAUCUGUGUCUUUGCUAAUUCCUAGCUCUGUGGGAAUUAACUUUUUUUUUAAAGAUUCAUUUUUUAAAGGCAGAGUUACAGAGACAGGGAGAGACAUAGAGAAAGAGAUCUUCUAUCCACUGGUUCAUUCCCCCAAAUGGCCACAGCAGCUAGACUGAGCCAGGUGGAAGCCAGGAAACUGAAACUCUGUUUGCUGGUGUCAGUGUUGAGUGAGCAGUUUAGCCACUGUAUCACAACACUAGCCCCAGGAGUCACUUCCUUUAAGACAAAUAGUUGUGGUUCUUUUUUUGGUAUGAUUAGAUUUGAUAGGUUUUGCAGAAGAUUACGUUGAUGUUUUGCAAGCUAACUCAAAGGACUUUUAGAAUUUUUAAAACAAUAAUGGGGUAGGUGUUUAUCCUAGUGAUUAAAAUAACACCUGUGUCUCAUAUCAGACUGCCUGGGUUCAAUACCUGCUUCUGUUCCUGCCUGCAAUUUUCUGCUAAUGCAGACACCAGGAGGUAGUGUUGAUGACUCAAGUAAUUGGGUUUCUGCCACCCACAUGGGAAACCUGGAUUAGAUUCUUUUUUAAAGAUGUAUUUAUUUAUUUGCAAG